AUGUUUUUCCUUUUGAUCCUAAUCUUUCCUUUUGAUCUUCACUUUAUCCCCAACACAGCCAUCCCCCAUGUUCAGCCCCACCCAAACACAAACAUUGUGGCACCAAAAGCUAGUCGUGGCUUCAGUGUUCCACUGUACCACCGAGCUAUGCUUUACAGAGAGGAAUUCAACCUCACAAAGGCCACUAGUUCCAACUAUGAUGCUCAAAAGACAAUGCAACGCCAAGCACUACUGUUAGACAUCGGCAGUGACCUACUUUGGAGACCUGGAUUUUUCUCGGAUGUUAGGACCCUGGAGAACAUAUUAGUGGGAUGCGCUAAUAACAAUCUAGGACACUUCGACGAAGAAACGAGUGGCAUUCUUGGUCUUGGCCUUGGUUAUUGCUCGUUAACUAACCAACUGAAGGUGACCAACUUUUCCUUUUGUCUGCCAGGUCCAGACUUCAUUUAUGGCUCCACAUUAGGCAUGUUCUACACCGAGCCCGAAAAGGAUAACACCAUCACCGUACCUUUGCUUCUUAAUCCGCUUCACCCCAGCCACUAUUUUGUUGGUUUCCAAGGAAUUAGUUUGAACAAUCAAAUGGUUCCCAUUCCAUCAUCUCACUGGGAAUUCAGCACCAACCCCGAAUCUAAUAUUGAUGGUGGUGUCUUGGUUGAUUCAGGAGCCUCAGUGAGUUGGAUGCCGACACAAGUCUAUGAAAUUUUCAGUUCAAAUUUCGUGCAACUCACCAAUAUGAUCCAGGAGGAAGCCACAGACUCCACAAAAUUCGACACCUGUUUCUCAACCAGGUCCACAUCCAGAAGUGUCCCUGAAGUCAAAUUUCAUUUCACCAACACCUACUCUCUCACAUUAACAAUGGAGCAGCUGUUCUGGAGGUAUUCACUUCAAAACAAACCUGAUAUGCUAUGCCUUGCCUUUCAUCAUGGUCUCCGCUUUGGUUUUACUAUCAUUGGCAGCAAGCAGCUCCAGGUCCAGGGUACACGACAGACUUAUGACUUGGUCAACAUGAAUCUCAAACUCACACCCAAUGAGUGUUACUAA